UCUCUCGCUUCCUCUCGAUCACCACUUUCAGGCGACCGUGGUCGUCUAGAACCUUCUUGACUCCCCAGCGUCUUCGUAGCUUCUCUGAUCUCCUUCGAUGGCGCCACCUGCUGCUCUCAUCGAUCUCUGAGAUAAAUUGCUCACACCACCCGCAUCCACCAGCAUUGCAGGGCUGUCAUUACCGUUGAAUCUUUGUCUUUUACUUAGAAAUCUGAGUUCGUUUCUAGAGACUUUCAAUGCUGUGCUCAAAUAACCCUGACUUCGAAAAUGCUAGUAGAAAGGUCCAGUUGUCAUGAAAGUAAUUCAAUCUCCGACCUGUAUAGAGGGAGAUUUGUGGCUUCAUGUUUCCUUCGGAUCUUCGCCCUAUUUAACGAAAUGCAGGCUAAGGAUUUCUUCCCCGGUAUACUGAAGUAGUAGUUCAAGGAUCGUAAAUAGCAUCCAUAUGGAGUUACGAAGUUGUGGUCAUCUGCACUUCAUCCAGGCUAUUCAAGGUGGUUCAAUUGUGAAAACCCUUAAUGUUACUCGUGGCAGGCCAAAACUUUCAUUUAAGAAAGUCAUAGAUAUAUAUGGCACUUCCAUGUUUGACAAUAAUGUAAAGGUUGAAAGGUCGUGCACUUUCGAAGCGGAGAGAAGAACGGUAAAUGCUGAAUCUGACGCUGAUGCAUGCAGCGCCAAUGAUGGCGAUGAUGAGGAGAAUGUCUUGGAAGACUGUAAUUUUGGCAACCUUACUCUAAAGCAAAUCCAAGAGAGGUGCAAAUCAAGGAAGAGGAAACAAUCACAAGAUCUUGACACAUCCGAAAGGAAAAUAAAAACUGAAGCUUCCUCAUCUGAAGAACGCUGCAGUGAGAAUCAUAUGGCAUCAGAUGAUUCUGAAUUCAUGGAGACUCUCAGUAGCUGGAGAUCCAAGUUAUCAAAGAAUAAGAAGGCCAAGAAAAGGAAAUGCAUAAAUGACCAAGUGUCUACUGUUAAACAAGAUGUUGUAUGUUUUGUAAAAUCUGAAGUGAUCCAAGAUAGUCAAGAAUCCUUGUCACCAAGUGAGAAUUCAACUGCACUUGUUGAAGUGAAGGCUGAGGUUCCUGAAAGUGAUUGGUCAGAUCCCUGGAGAAUGUUACACAAUACUAGUAAUAAUUUUCAAGCUUGUUGCUGGCCUGAGGACUCUCUUGGAAUAGUAGCCAUAGAAGAGCCUGAGACGGCCAGAGAAUGUGUUUUGGGCCGUGAAUUAGAUUAUGAUUGGAAAGAGCAUGCUGAUGUUAUUCCACUUCGAAUUGUAUGGGGCUCCAACGCUGAUGUCUCGAUUAGUGAUUCAAAUCUGAGCAAUGAUCAAUCUCAAAACUUGCUUGCAAUAGAAUUUAGAAAUGAAGGAAGUGAAGAAUUUACCAUGCAACCAGCUCUCCAUUCAAUCUGCCCGCAAACAAUCAAUUUGGAUAAAGAUCAAGACACCGAUAUCUGUUCUAAUCAACCUGACAGCUACAUCGCAGUCACACCACUCAUUGCUAAUGAAGUUAUUCAAGGUCUGGAUCUAGGUAAUGGAGGUGACGAUGCCUUCUUUAGUGACUGCAGUAAAGAUGAAUACACAUCGGUCAGUGAACUUGGCUGUCAUCCUGAUGGAUCCCGGAAUUCUGGCUCAGAUGGUUCACCGGAUGAAUCUCAGAAUUGCAGCUCAGAUGAUUCACCUGUAUCAGAGGAGAAGCAAUUGCUUACUUCCGCAAGUUUUGAUGAGGAAAGGCAUGCCAGUGGAGCUACUGAUGAGUCAAUAUCAUGGGAGAGCCAUCAAAGCAGUUCAAAGGUGCAUCGUCCUCAAAGGCUGUUAUCAGGCAGAAAGACCAUUUCGCCGUCUUCACAAGUUAAGCUCUGCAAAGCCAUGCAGUCCAUUGAUUUACAUGACAAAGAAUAUACAACAUGUAAAGGGAAAUUGUUCUUCGGCGAGCAGACUGAUGAUGAGAAGAAAGACACUACUGAAGAACUUGAUGAGAUUGUUGGAGCUCGAUUUACUAAACAUUGUAACAAAAUUCGUAAGAUACCAAAGCCUCUUAAAAGAGUUACCCGUCCACAAGCUGUUCAAAAGAGUUCUCUUCCUUCGCGUUCAGCAAACAGCCUCAGCACUGGGCUCACAUCCAUGCAGAGUUGCGCAAAGAAUGCGAUUUCAUUUUCCAAGAGGCAGAUGCAGGAUGUUGAAUGCCUUGCAAUGAAACUAGCAAAUGAAUUGAAGUCAAUGAAGGACAUUAUGGGGGCUAUGUUACGCUCUGAAUUAUGUCUGACCACACCUUUGAGAUAUAAAGUAAAUGAGGCAAGAAUGGCUGUGAAGAAUGCAACAAGAGCUGAAGAAACUGCAAAACGGACCCUUUCCUUCAUGUCAAGGGAUUGUAACCGUUUCUGCAAGCUAAUGCAAUUAGCUGAGGAAGGCCCCCCUGCUUCUCAAGAUGGAGUGCGCAAUAAUAAUAAGAGUAAAAAGAUAGCUUUCGCUGAUGAAGCUGGAGGAAGGCUGUGCCAGGUCAGAUUUUAUGAGAAUGAGGAGGGAUCUUUAGUAGAAAGUGACAGAAAGGACAUAAUCAUCUGAUAAUUCUAUAGCCUUGUGUGUAUAAUACUUGUUUCACAUUGCAAUCUCUCGUAACUGAACAGUCAUAUAAUGAAGCUAUCUUCCCGUUGGCUGAAAAA